AUCAGGUCCAGAAUUUCCCAUCUCCCACUACAGGGUACCGGAGGGAGUUAGUGUGAUUGUGUAUAUGGCAUGAGACGGUCAAGUUUUGAUACUUUCCCACGAAACACGUUGCUUGCUCUGUGUGUGCUGUUUGUGUUUUUAUGGAUCCUUUCCGAAAUUAGGUUACGUAUGAGAGCGGAAACCGCCAGAUGUGCAGUGGACAUUUUUCACGUAGGUCAGUGAAAGGGGGUGCAUUGAAUAAGUUAUGUGAGUCCUCAGAUAGUGAGAAUAACUAUGCCCUACAAGAAGCAGCAGCUGGGAUGUGUUCUGUCAAGUGCUGUCGUUUGAUUGAUUCUGCUGUAGGAAAACAUGAAACGGAAAAGAUUGAGUGUUUUGAAUUAAUUUCAUUUGCUUACAUGAUGUAACAUAGAUAGUAGUUGUGAGAUGAUGAAGAAGGCAGCAUUCCCAUGAUCAAAUCAGUAGAAUUCCAAGUAUUAAAUAGUAGUGGAAAGUUUUAGAAUGUAUAUUUUUUUGUGCCACGUUCAAUGUUACACUUGAGAAGAGGAAUUGCACAUUCUUACAUAGCGAUUGCAAACAGUGGUGAGAAAUUAAAAAAAUCAACUGAUUCAAAUGCAAAUCAUGGAAUCCAUGUACCAUUCAGGAAAAUGUAUAAUGAGAAGUUGAGAAUGAUUGUAUAGGGUUGUUGCUUAGAGCCGUGGUUUUGAUAAUGAUAUACAGUGCUACUCGAUAUAAAUAAUUACGUUAAAACAACUUCGAAGAUGUUACAUUAGUCAGUUGAAGAACUGCAAACUCAUAUCAAUAUAUUUAGAAAAGGAAACCUGCUUAUUUUGUGGCUGCUAUAAUUUUCACAAACUUCAUCUUGGCGUUCCCUCUUCUCAGAAAGAACACCGUUGGAAAAUGGAUUCAACAACUACCGAACAAAGGUACGUACGAAAAAUAUUGAUUCAUCAACAUUUGUGGUCAUCCAAUUGUUAUCCCAACGGAGUGCAGCACAUCAGCCACAGAGUUAAUUUCGCGAAGAGGGGUGUUCUCGAGACGUCAUUAUGGUUCUGUGGAUCAGCUGCCACAGUCAGAGAUCGACGGGCUGGACCCGAAUUGUCGUCGGUUUCGUUUGGAGAAUGGAGAAUCGUUAGCAGAAAAAGAUGAGGUUUUUGGUUCACCGAGCACACCCAUCCUGGAAAAUCCAGAGCAUCAAACGAGAUGUUCACCAGAACUACGUAGGGAUAGACUCGGAGAAAAAUCCUUAUUUUUUAUCAAUAGUGUCACAGGAUUCCGGUAGCAAAUGUACGCCCCUUUACCGCGUCAUGCUUUUCCGGAAACAGGGUGCACAAAAGCUGGCCUUACCGUACAACCCGCAGCAGAAGCUUACGGUGAAGCAAAUCCUUUCCAACUUCUCGCUGAUGGAUGCCAGCAAGUCUCCGAAGGAGGUGUACUCCGCUGACAUCCAGAAGGAUCUCCUGCUGCUGGAGGAACAGGAAGGGUCGGUUAAUUUCAAAUUCGGCGUCGUCUACAUGAAGGCUGGUCAAAAGAUGGACGACGAGAUGUUAAGCAAUGAAUACGGAAGUGCUGACUUUGACGAGUUCCUCAAACUGCUGGGGGAAAGAAUACGCUUGAAGGAUUGGGAACGAUACCGGGGCGGAUUGGACGUGAAAGGGGAUAUGACGGGGAAGCAUUCGAUAUACACGCUCUACGAGGGUCACGAGAUAAUGUUUCACGUAUCGACGCUGCUACCAUUCAGCCGUGAUAAUCGCCAGCAGGUCGAGCGUAAACGGCAUAUCGGGAAUGAUAUUGUGAACAUCGUCUUCGUUGACGAAAGCACCAACGGCGAGGAAACGGAAUUCAAUCCUAACAACAUCAAAAGUCAAUUUACACAUGUGUUUGCUGUUGUUACGAAACGGUAUAGGAAAUAUCGAAUAGCUGUUUACUGUGAUGAAACUGUGCCCCCGUUUGGACCCACCCUGCCCAAUCCACCGGAAUUUGAGGACCCUGCCGUGUUUCGGGAUUUUUUGCUAGUCAAAUUGAUAAACGGCGAAAAGGCUACCUUCCAAACGCCCACAUUCUCCCGCAAACGUGAGCGGACGCUCGAAAUGCUGAUUAAGGAUCUGUACGAGGAGUACGUGCACGACAAUAAGAUGAAUAUGCUCAAUCGACGAGCCUUCUCCGAGGUUCUGUAUGACGCUCCAAGGACAUCCAAGUUGAAAGAAGACGCACGUCAGGUCGAGUUCGUUCGUAUCGGUCAAGCACUCAAGCUGGAGGCGAUUGUCCGAGGGGAUGCUCCCACCAGUAUAGCUUCAGCGGGAACCGUGUUCAAACGACCACCCUGGGAGCCACAGUGCUUCUACCCAUCGUUUCAACCAAGAAACGAUCUUGUUGGCGACAGCUGGGGCCAGGAUCAAUUGUUUCUGGCGUCAGACGAAGGAACAUAUCUUAUUAAGGAGGACCAAACGCACAGGGUUGUGUUUGAUAGGACGCUGUGCGUAAAGCAGCUUAGCGUUGUCGAAGAUCAUGGUAUCAUGUUGGUACGGGGUGGGUCAGCUCUACAGAAAGACAGCCACCGUGUGCAUGUUUUCAGAUUGAAUGAAUUUGCGGAUGACAGGAUCGGGCAACGAUCGCGGAUAGACGUUAAAGAUAGGAGGAUAGAGAAAACUCGAGGCUGUCAUUUGUACGCCAUUUCAAGGGCAGGGGAAGCUCACCUGAGAAUGGCGGUAGCGGUCGGCAGGAAGCUGUUGAUUUUCCAAUGGAAGCACACGGCUGCAUGGACAUCAUGGUGCCCAAACAGCGACAACGAUACGGUUGAAGGUUUCAUGUUUUUGAAAGAGAUAACACUGCACGAUUUGCCAUCCAUUAUGACGAUUCUAGAAGGUUCAUGUCCAAAUUCGGGCAUGUUGAUAUGCAUAGGAUUUAAGAAUUGUUUUGAAAUUGUUUCCGAGCUCACCGGUCACUCAACAAAGUUACACGAAGCAGACUCGAGGAAACAAACCGCUAUCCAUUUAGUAGCCGCUCUGGAUCUGUAUGACGGACAGGAUACGGAACUGCUACUUUGCUAUAACCAUACCUGUCACUUUCAAAAGCUCUCUGACGAAUGCGCCAACAGCUCUGAGUUUGACUUCCAAUUCAACACACCGCCAACAUCGGUGGUUUGUGCGUUUCCAUACAUCAUAGCGUUCACAUUAGAUUCGAUGGAGAUUCGAUUGCUGGUAAACGGAAAUUUAGUGCACACCGUUAUGAUGGCCGAGCUGCAGCUGAUAACUUCCAAGAAGGACAUAUAUUUCGUGACAACCGCCCCGGAGUUCAUCCCCAAAGGUGCCAAACUACGUGGUCCCGACUCUGAAGAUCACGAGCUGAUCAAACCACGAAUCGAGGAAAGUAAGGUGGCUCAAGAGGACGAAAGUCCGGGAAGAAGUCGACUCAGUUCAGAUGAGGACAACAGUACCCUAAAUACAGAAGGUCAGGAUAGUGGUUCAACCGAUAGCCGAAGCUCCGGCCUUGCGACGCCGGAAAUACAGCGCGCAAGGUCUCUUCAAAGUUCCCACCCCGAUUCAGAGAAAACCAAAGAUAGCGCGCUUUCGGUCGACGAGCUAAGGAGGCCUAUAUCGAAGAGUAAUUCCUACGGUGAGGGCGGUUCUUCGUUCUCGAUACCGACUACAACAUGCAGCAAGGAUUUAGCUAAACAUUUUGGCGCACAACCUCAACCAAACACAAAAAAUCUCUGUAAACAUUUCGGAGAACCAUCGGUCCCUCCAAAUUCACCCCAGAAUAAUACAAUCGUUAAAGGAAACUCACCGAGUUCUCCCACCAGAAAAUCCUUCAUUCGACAACCAACGUUAAACAUAAAUAAGUCACAGCAAAACGAGGGUGAAACGUCCCCUUCCAAUGGAAGCUCAACUAAACCUCUGCGCAUUUAUCGAAUCCCACUAACGAAUCUCACAGGAACGCACGUACAAUCACAUCACUACCAUUAUCCAAGCACUGACCCUACAAAAAAACCAACGGCGAUUGCUACCAAGAUGCAACCAUCGAAACCGAGGGAAGCCUCGAAAACACUGACAUCUUCCAAUGAGGAGGAAGAGGAUGAUCUCCCGGCAGCUUGUGAGGCCGAAGUAACCCCAAAGAUGAGUAUAUUCGAGCAAAUACAACAAGAUCUUCAGGAGUUGAACAAGAAGGAAAACCUCGAACAUCAGGAUGAUCUACGGAGCACAGUUCUUACGCCGCUGUAAGCAGUAAGGUGCAGCAUAGCUACAACAAGUGCUUUGUGCAGCUCAAAAAUUUCUACAGCCCUCCAAAAUCACUUUUGUGCUACUUUACAAAAGAUAUUAUCACACAUUGACGCAUUGUUACAUUACGAGAGCGCAAACAGGAGCGUUUGUGAUGAAAAGCAAGGUUUCAUGCUAGGGAAUGAGAGCACAGAUUUUCGUCCCAUGAAAAUCUCCGCUCGAUUUCCCUAGCGAACGACACACUCGUGUCUGGCGGUGUUUGUUGUUGUCAAAUAGUUGGACGGGAAGCGCAAAAAUUUGAACAAAAAAGUUGCUGACGCUGUGAUGUGCUUUCCGGAAACCAACAACUUGUUACUGUAGAGUGGGGAAACUAUUUAGCUAGUACGAUUGAGGUGAUAGUUGAACUGUCUUGGAUAGUGCUGAGUAAAUUGAAUCUCUGGAAACUCAGAAAAAUGAAGUGGUUCUAUAUUUAUGAAACGCAAUGUAUAACAGUCGUUAUGGUUACAUUUUCAUGAGCAGUUUUGCUGCGAUCAUGGUAUCAGGCUGUUUUUCUGGCAUGUCCAGGAAAAACUGGAAGGUUGGCAACUCUGGAUGUCACGAACGUAGACGUAAUUUCUUCAAACUCAGUAAAACAAAUGAAUGAAGCAGUUCUCUUUAUUCCCCGCGGUGAGUGACGUAAAAUAGCAAAGGUUCUCGCUUUAUUGUGGAAGCCACCUUACUCUUUAGGAGCUGUCUACAUACCACGUGGACAACUUUAGGGAAGUAGGAGGUAAGAAAAUAUCCAUGCUUGACCACGGGGAGGAUUGAGCGACCUGAGGGUGCUGGCCAGUCAAACGUUCAUAUAUUUUUUUCAAAUAUCAUUGAUCCUCUUCAGUGAAAUCUGUAUUAUAGAAACGUGAAACAGUGAAAUCUGUAUUAUGGUCAUUUCACGUAGACUCUGAAUGACGAAGCUAUUUCCUAUCACCCUCAUAGCCCAAAACUAUAAAAAUUAAAUGAUUCCAUGGUUGAGCCUUCAUGAUAUGUGUAGAUGAUUUUGCAUAAAAAAAUUAUUUUCUAUACAUUUAGUUAUAUCUCGAGAACAGUUAGUCUUAGGAUAAUAAUGUCUGUAUAGUUUUUCAUACAGAAAUACGUGUAAAAUAAUUUUUUCAAAGUAUUUUAAUUUCGUCAAUUUCUAGGAAUCAAUAUUUACAUUUGCGUGGGAUUGUCCAUGCAUCACUAGUCGUCAAACCAAAAACAAUUGAGCCAAUAUUCUAAUAAAAAUAUAUAUGAAAUAAGGUAGCUGAUUCAGGACAUUUCAGGUGGAGAUAGAGGAUCAUAUUUGAUGAAAAAAUCAGCAUAUGUACAAUUCUCAACUAGGACAGAGUUGUUGAACUUUUCUUGAGCCUAAUUUUUUGUCUUCAACUGACUCUGAUUUAGGAAGUACGUUACUUAGGAUAAAUAAUGCUGCUCAUUUGAAAGAUAAGAAAAUGCUGCGUUGAAUGCAGUUGUAAAUCAUUCAAAUGUUUUAUUUUUGUUUUAUUGAUGGAAUCAAGUAACUUUUAGAGGUAAAGAAGAAACUUAAAAUUUUGUGUUUUAUGAUUGUUUAUUAUAAUUAUAUUAUUAUUUUUAUAUAAUUUUACAAAAAUACAUUCUAUCAGCCAAAUUGAAGUUCUCCAACCACUCUAUAAUUUCUUCCUUGACCACACCUUGUUAUCCUUCUUGUUAUCUUCCACUAAUUGAGAUGCUUCACAACAGUAUUUUAUGCAAAAUUUCCUCAAAUGAAAGCAAUGAAAUCGUGCUAUAUGAAUUGAAGACAGUUUAGAGCAAAAAACCAGUCUCAAGAAAAGUUCAAUAAUUCUUCGUAGUUGAGAUAAGCGUUCAAUGAGCGUGGAAUUUUUGAUCAAAUAUGAUCCUUCAUCACUUGAAAUAUUCCGUAUCAGCUACCUUAAAACCUGUUUGUCGUUAUGUUACAAUAUUUUGAACAGAUAUAAUACUUUUCGAUAUUUUAUUCAAUUUAUGAGAAAAUUUUCUCAACAGUUUGAACAUUUCUUAAAAUUUCAAUAGGAAUUUAAUUGAUUUCUCAAAAAUUUGUUCAGUUAGUAGAAAAUCAAUGAGUCGUGAGUUUUCUCAGUGCAUACUUCCUACUUAAUCUUUUCUUCUCGUGAAAUUCUUUUUAAUUGAUAAAAAAUAAUCUAUGCAUGCAGAAUUGUUCUGUUCGUUCUUGUGUGCUUCAAAAACUCGAAAAUUUCGGCACUGAUGGAGCUCAUAUUAUGACACAAUAUACAAUCCACUUCAAGGAUUGUUAUGUCUACUGCCAACACCUCAGGAAGGUUCAAGAUUUCCAAAUGGAAUAAGCACACCUCUGAAAUAAAGCUGUGAACGUAAAUUAACUUUCUAGUAUUGAAUACAUAUUCUAGGUUAUAGCAACACAUUUCUUUGCAAUCGUGAACCAAAAUUGCAUCUGAUAAUGAUUUUAAAUCCAUUUUUUUUAUUCGAUUGGCGUUGCUCAAGAUCAAUCUUUGGAAUUGUGUUGUUUAUAUUCCGAUGCGGAUUGUUUAACUGUAUAUUGCACGUUUCCCUAUUGGCAGACCAGAUAGCCUUUAUAUCUUCGAAGAUAAAAGAAAUACAAAGUAUUACAAGUAUUUCAAAAUUAAACUCAUAUGAAACAUGUUCUUUGCUUUGUUACUCAUUCCUUUGCCAUAAAUUCUCAAUGUACUACAGCAAAGCGUGGCAGGCUACAGCUAGUAAAAUUUGAAUCAAAAUAAACUUAAAUGGAAUUAAAAAUUUAUUUCAGUUCACUAUUCAGUUAAUUUCUCAAUUACCGUGAUAAAAUAAGAAAAACAAUGUCCACGUGGAUAACAGGGGGAGGUGUAUGAAAAUGUCCACGUUUGUCCACGGAGGGGGAGCAGUUUCUUACAGUUCAAUAUACUGGCUUUCGAAAUAAUUUGACAAUUUUUUUUUCCAAAAUAUAUAUUUUUAUCAAGGCUCAUAUGGCGUUAGCCUGACGGGGCCGGGAGUUCAAUAUUUUGACAGUUUUUGUCUUACAACUAUGUUAGUAAUAUGUAACCGAUUACUCGCGGUCGGCUCGAGGUUAAUAUUACAAGUGUUCUCGUAAUUGGGAUGUUGCUGUCUCCAAUGCUCUGUACGUGUGCCCGACACGGAAUACUUUCUAUUGGGAUGCAGCUGACCAUUAAUCAGCAACGUCUCCUAGUCUGUACCCCAUAUCUAGCGUGGUGCGUCUUCUCGACUCGAGGAAUCCAGGAUAGAAUGGUCACUAGCCGGCGCAAUCAUCAGCUCGUGUAGAGUUGUCAUGAGCGGUACAACCUUUGGCUCUUGUUGAAUCAUCAGUGGACUGCACAACCUUUGGCCCGUGUAUCUGUAAAGAGUGUGUCUAUCGUCGACAUCGGCGUUUCUGAGGAACAGGUAUAGAUGGAGCAGAAGAUCAGGAUCACGGCUACCUAAGCUAUCCUGAACGGGGAUAUCCGAUUGCCUGCCUUGUGCCCUCAAUGCUCUGGAGAUUUGAGAGCGGGCAGCAUGGAACCGGAUACACGACCAGACAACAUGCUCGAUGUCGUGGUAGCCAUCGCCACAAUCACAAAGAAUGUUUGCUGCGGGUCCAAUGCGAUAGAGAUGCGCGUUUAGGUUGUAGUGAUUGGACAUAAGCCGAGAUAUCACGCGAAUGAAAUCACGACCUACAUUCAAUCCCUUAAACCAAGCAUUCGUCGAGACCUUAGGGAUAAUCGUGUGUAACCAACGACCGAACUAAUGUUCACUCCACAUGCGCUGCCAACUAAUGAGUGUGUGCUGACGAGGAAUCUGAAAAAAUUCAUUAUAGGUAAUUUGCUUUUCAAAAAGUGUGCCUUCUGAAGCGCCCACCUUAGCUAGCGAGUCCGCUUUCUCAUUCCCCGGAAUCGAGCAAUGAGAGGGAACCCAUGCUAAGGUAGUCUUGAAUAAUUUUUCGACCAAAACACUCAAUAGAUGUCUUAUUCUUGUUAGGAAAUAAGAUGAGCGUUUAUCAACUUUCAUUGAGCGGAUUGCCUCUAUUGAGCUGAGACUGUCUGAAAAAAUAAAAUAAUGGUCGAUGGGCAGUGUUUCAAUGAUCCCUAGAGCAUAGUAUAUCGCACCCAUUUCUGCGACAUACACGGAACAAGGAUCUUUGAGUUUGAAAGAGACACUGGAAUUUUCAUUGAAGAUGCCGAAGCGUGUUGUGUAGUGAUGUGUUUUUUCAUGUUUUUUACUGAAAUUAAAACAAGCCGAAAAGUAGAACAUUUUUAUCGAUGAGGGUAUAAUGGACAUUUAGUGGGGGGUAUUUUGGACAGGUCAAUAAUGUACGAAGCGUAGAAGUUUAUUAUUCGCUCGUGAGAGGAAUAAUUUCGCUCUCUCUCAGUGUUUGUGCGUCCAUUGGAUGUGAAUAUGGAUGUGACUGUCCAUUUCAACCCCACAAGUGAAAUUAUUUCAAUAAUUAAAAUUUACCACUUACGAAGGAAUUUAAUUUUCCGUACGUAGGGGAUAUGGGGGUAAGACGGACAUGUUAAGGAAAACUUCAAUUGUAUCUUUGGAAACUCAUGUUUUCAAAAAUUUAAAAGCAGUUUCUUACAGUUCAAUAUACUGGUUUUCGAAAUAACUGGCCAAAUGUUUUAUGAAAAUGUGUUUUUCCAUGUUUUUUACUGAAAUUAGCGUAGAAGCGAAGCGUAGAGAUUUAUCGCUCGCGAGAGGAAUAAUUUCACUCUCUCCCAGUGUUUGUGCGUCCAGUAACUGAAAUAGAACGAAAAGAGAAAGCAAUAUAAAAAAGAGUUCAAUCCCUUCUUCCCUUCACUUUCCAUCAUGCAUUGGAUGUGAUUUUGGAUAUGACUGUCCAUUUCACCCCCAGUGCAAUUAUUUCAAUAAUUUAAAUUUACCACUUACGAAUGAAUUUACUUUUCCGUACAUACCUAAUAUCGCUUCUCUGUCAACUCACAAACCGAAAUAUAACAAUCAGCGAAUUCAAUUUUGCAAUUAAAUCACUCAAAAUGCUUAAUAUCGAAACCGCAAAAGUUACAUCCACACGCAGAAUCAUGUUUGAUUUUCGGUUUUGUCUCCCUAUUCUACUUUUUAUCAGUAUUCAUUGUCAUAGGAUGGUUUAAAUAUUCUAGAAUAUUCCAUUAGGGAUUGUUAACCGUUUUCACCGUUUUACCGUUUUUCCAUAACCGGUAAUUUUACAAUCAAUAACCGGUAGUUUCGGCAAUUUUUAUUUUUACACUAUAAAUAAUAUUUGCCUUUGUGUCGCUCUGAAAUAUUCCUCGAGAAUCAAAUAAGAUCGAUAAAACAAAACUGACAGUGUUGCGCCGAUUCUAUGGCCUCCGAACUUCAGUUCAAAAAUCGCUGCUAGAUCCGAAAACGAAACACUAGAUAAGCUUCAGCGAUGAAGAACUGAAUCCCUGAUUGGAAGGAUUGCAGAAGGACGUUUCGUAUAUGCAUAUUUGUUCCCGUAUAUGAAUAAUCAUUCUGCUCGUGGUCGUGACACAAUUAUGGAGACUUUGGCGUUUUCUAUCAAACGUCGUGAACUGUAUUGAUCAAGCAGGCAUUUGAAAUUGUUCCUGACUUGAUCAAUUUUGACAAUGACGAUAUUGAUUCAGUAGCUGGACAACAGGAGGAAAAAAAUCCACUGGACGAUGGGUAACCUGCCGAACAGUUGAGCAUCAGGGAGCAUCAAACUUGAACGACGAUUGCAACAGUCAAUGGUAUUAACGUCCAGCCCAAGCUCAACGUAUAUAAACGGAUUGCUGCAAACACUCGGACAAGAAUUUUCGUACAGAGGGCAUCAGAGGCAAAUACAUGACAAUGGUAUUCGAUACUCUUCUACCCAAUAUAAUUGAGGGCCUUAGAAUGCAAGGGGUGUAAGUGACUUGAUCGAUUUCUCUUCAUCAACUUUUUCAUUAGUUAAUAACUCAACUGCAAAAAAGUUCCAAUUUAAGUUCGCUAUAGAAUCCGAUACAUGAGGUUCUGACCUAUCUUCCACAUUGUCAAAUACAACUGGGAAUGUAUUUGCAGCUAAGUUAUGACCAGAAGAGAGAGUCGAUGUAGAGAAAUCGAUCAAAUCACUUACACCCCUUGCAUUCUAAGGCCCUCAAUUGGACUCGAACGGGCGUUUUCCUCUUCUGGAAACUUUUUUAAUGAGAUCCGAUUUACGAUAAAAUUAACAUUUUCUGUGUUCUUAAGUAUUACUUUAACCAGCAAAACCUUGUAAAUUUUUUUUUUGUAAAUCAUUAUAAAUAAUAGCCGUUUCUACAAGACAAUGGUUUAUUUUAAAGUAUGUUUUUACCGGUAAUGAAAUUUUCAUUACCGAAUAACCGGUUAUUGAAAUUUUGACACGGUAAUGCAAUCCCUAGUUCCGAUCAACAGAAAUUUUAAAUUCAUAAUGCAACUAUGCAAAUCAACCACCUGUCCACCAUACCCCCACUGUCCGUCUUACCCGCGGUUCCCCUACAUAAUCACAAUUGCCAACAUUUGAAUCCAAGGCAGUUCAUACCCCCGCUGAUAAAAUUUCUCUUCAACUAUUUCUUGUCGAGGGAGAAAUUUUUGACAGUGGGUGGUAAUAUUUUCAGUGCACCAAUCUUUGUAAUUCUCACGGUACUAUUUGAACCAUACCAUGGAAGAAAGCUAAACCUUUUGAAUAGCACACGCUGUACUUUAUCAAUCUACUGAGCCCUUAGUAUUGAUAAGUCUUAGAAGGUCUUUCUAUUCUUCGCGAGAAUGAGGCAGAAUAAGCUCCACUGUUUAUUUAUUUUCAUUGUUGUCAAAUGACCCUCACAGUGUUGCAAACGUUUGAGAUUUGGUUACGGAAUGGAACCCGAGCGACAUCGUUCAUAAUCCUUUUCCUAGAGUUAUACCAACCAAUAUCGUGAGUGUUUAGUAUCAACUGUAAAUCAGUAGCAAAUAUAAACACUAUUUACCGAUAGUAUUCUAGCAAAAACAAGAAGAAUUUGAAAAAUUGUAAGCCGUAACAGUUGUUACCUAGAGUUUUACACCCAAAAUAUCAUUACGGAGUGAAGACACAUCUAGAGAAAGUAUUAUCUCUUCCAAGACUUGACUUGUUAUAUCUACGGAAGCUGUACAGACCAUAAAGACUAUAGAG